AUGUCGAGAACGAAUGAAAAGUCAACGAUAUCUGAGUAUCCUGUUAAGCCUAGAAGAACAAAAGGCACAUAUUCAUAUCGAGCACGUAAUUAUUUUGCCACUGCUUGUGUCUUAUUUGGUGGAUUAGUUGGUUUAGCUUAUUCAUUUUUGCCAUCAACUGAUCGUAUAAGACACUACGUUCUAGAGAACUUUCAAGAAACGGAAGAACAGAAAGUAAAACGUAGAAGAUUAGCACCAUUUAAGGAAUCAUCAGAUUUACAAUCAGCAUCACAACUUCCAGUGAUUUUAGAUCCAGCAGAUAGUGCAGCUAUAAAAAUAUCACUUCAAGUCAACGAUCCAUUGCAAGUCAGACCUGAUCAAUAG